AUGAACGGUCCAACAACAAAAAAAACAGUAGUAACUUGCGGCAAAUUUUAAGGGGAAACCAUUAUUUUGACAAUUAAAAAGAAGAAAGCCUAAGCAUACACACACAUACAGAACUUCAAACCAAUAUCAAACCCAAAUAUCUUAAAUAAUUUUUAUCUACUGUUUAAUUACCACAUUCAUUUCUUUUCUAAACCUUCAACCAUUCAAUUAUAAUUUUCCUAUAAAAUUGCUGCGGACGUUGAUCCAUAUAUACUUGGGAUAAAUUUUCACAGUCAACAUAAUUAGAAAUUAUGUCAACGAUCAAAUUUCAAAAUCUCUUUCUUUAUCUUUUUUCAAUCACUUCCCUUCUAUUUGUUCUUCCCAAUUCUACGGUAGCGGUACCUAUUGGAGUAUGUUAUGGCCGUGUCGGAAACAAUCUCCCACCGCCGCCAACCGUGGUCAAACUUCUUACUUCUAAAGGAAUCAAGAACGUACGCAUUUUUGAUACGGACCCGGAAACCCUAAAAGCAUUUUCCGGUAGCGGAAUCAGCUUAAUGGUCGGUGUCCCUAACGAAGUUCUUCCAUUUCUAGCUAACGGAAAUGCUAAUAACUCUCUUCAAUGGCUUGAGUCCAACAUUUUUGCUCAUAUUCAUCAUGAACAAAUUAAAUACAUAGCCGUUGGAAAUGAAGUUUUUCUUAAAGAUCCAUUUUACACAACUUACGUAGUUCCCGCAAUUUUAAAUCUUUACGAAGCCCUAACCAUGGUGAAUCUCGGAAAAACUAUUAAACUAUCGUCACCUCAAGCGGCUUCGGUUUUAUUAAGUUCAUACCCACCGUCAUCGGCAAAAUUCGAUCCGUAUGUCGAAUCAAGUCUAGUUCCUCUUCUUCAAUUUCUUUAUGAUAGUCGGUCACCUUUCAUGGUUAAUGUUUAUCCGUACAUUAGCUACGUAAAUAAUUUGAAAAAUGUUAAUAUAAAUUAUGCAUUGUUCAAAAGCAAAGAUCAUCCAAUGCGUGACGGUGAUUUGACAUAUACGGGUCUAUUUGAUGCGAGUAUCGACUCGUUUGUCUACGCCAUGGAGAAAGAAGGUUUCCCCGGAGUGAAGGUUGUCGUGUCCGAGACCGGGUGGCCGACUGCCGGCGGCGAAGGGGCCAGUGUUGAGAAUGCACUUAUUUAUAAUGAAGAAAUGGUGAGAAAAGUUGUGCGUGAUGUUGGUACACCAAAAAGGCCUAAGGAAAUGCUGGAGACUUAUUUGUUUGAUAUAUUUGAUGAGAAUCAGAAAAGUGGACAGGAAUAUGAGAAGCAUUUUGGUUUAUUUGGGGUUAAUGGGAAUAAUGUUUACAAUUUAUCUUUCAAUUGAUUGAUGUAUAGUUGUUGUUCUAUGAGGAAUUAAUUAUGUAUCAUUAAUUUUAUUUAUU